CAUGACAGCCCAAAUCGCCCCUAAAAAUUCUCAAAACGCAAUGCUUUGGGGCGACUAUUUAUUUUAGAGUCUCUCCAAUAAAAUACCAUCGACAAUGUAAAAAAUACUUCACACAAUUACGUUCUCCGGCGGCGGAGCAAGCGCAUCUUUUAUAUCGCCCUUAAUUGCCAGUUAUAGGUUGAACGGUCGAUGCAAUAUCCAAGCCUUCCGUAACACCGGAAACUUCGCGACUGUAAAUAAACGCGCAAUGCAAUAUGGGAUGCGGAGUACGCAUAGUCUUUAGCACAGGCUUUUUAAGAAUUGUUGACGCACUUGCCGCAUGGCUUAUGUAUAUGUACGCGUGCACGAUUAGACUGCACAGCUGGUAACGAGACCACAUGCAUCUUACGGUAUGUGUACUAUGCAUGCACAGAAUUGUAAAGGCUAAAGCGAUCAGCUGGCGAUCGACAUCGUCGAGUCGGAGUGCGAGAUGGAUAAGCAGCGAAGCCAUAUCGUACAUAAAUGUUCGGGCCUGUUGCAACCUGAGUAUAAGAGCUUCAGUAUAGAUCCUGAAAUCACCAGCUUUGACAUGCUACAGCUUCUCCUUGUACAAGCAUUCCAACUAAAGAUAGGUUUUACCAUCAGCUACCUGUCACAUGAUGACAGAGGUCAGGAGGUCUAUCUAUCCAUGUUGUCUGAUUGGGAUUUAGAUGCUGCUAUCUGUGGAGCUUCAGACCCAUGCCUUAGGCUUAAAGUGGAUGCUAAACCAUUUGAUGGUCCAGGACUCUUGGAGGACUGGGAUGUGAUUACAGGAAUGGAAGCACCUCUUCACAAUUCCCAUGAUCGCAGCCAUUCUGUACCACUAGUCGGCGCUUUUAUGGAUCAAGUUGGGAAGACCUUCAAUAGGUUUCAGAAAAUCUUCACAACCAAUGAUGAUUCAAUGGAAGGGGAAAAGUAUGAAAUGCCAAUGAGACCUCUGGAUGAUCAGGAGUUCUGGUCAUUCUUGGAUCCACUUGGACGUCUUGAGAGACCACAGGAGCUACGUAUUAGGGUGUACCAGGGAGGUGUUGAAUCAUCCCUGCGCAAGGUAGUCUGGCGCCAUCUCUUGAAUAUCUAUCCCGAGGGUAUGACUGGAAAUGAGAGGCUAGACUACAUUCGAACCAAAUCAAGAGAAUAUGAGCGGUUGAGAGACAGACUUCAAAACGACCCCAGAGAGGACUUCAAAAAUAUUAAGAACAUGGUGCGUAAGGAUGUUCUACGGACUGAUCGUCUUGAGAAGUUCUAUUCUGGCGGGGAUGAAAACCCAAAUGGUAUUAAGUUGUUCAAUGUCUUGACAACCUACUCACUGGCACAUCCUGAUGUAUCAUACUGCCAAGGUAUGAGUGACCUGGCUUCACCCAUUCUCUAUGUAAUGAAUGAUGAAGCUCAGGCCUACAUUUGCUUUUGCAGUUUGAUGAAACGUCUUAAAGGUAAUUUUAUGCCUGACGGACAUGCCAUGUCCAUCAAGUUUUUGCACCUUACAGAACUCAUUCGCUGUUUGGCUCCUGACUUUUAUGAUUACCUCAAAGAACAGAAUGCAGAUGAUCUCUAUUUCUGUUACAGGUGGCUACUUUUGGAGCUGAAGAGAGAGUUUGCAUUCCAGGAUGCAUUGAGGAUGUUGGAGAUUAUGUGGAGUUCCCUCCCUCCAGAUCCCCCAACUGAUGGUGUUACACUAAAUGGACCGAUCACUGGGAAUUCCCCUUCAGCAUAUGCAAUUGACAGGGUCCGCUUCCGCUUCUCACGUCUCAGGAGCUCAUCUAGGGACAGUCUAGGCAGUCAGAGCAGUUUGAACAAAACCCCACAGUCUGUAUCACAUGCUGACAGCAAUUCCAAAGAACAGUUGAAAGAGGAAGAUCCAAGCAGGGUGAGUGAAACACUCAGGGAAGUAGAUGACGAGGAAGCAGAUAGUAACAAGAACGAAGAACAGUGCGAAGAAAAAGAAUCAUGUGCUACCAAAUUGGAGCCUGCAGAAAAGAAAUCUAAAUCAUCGAAAGUCAAAAAGUAUAGAACUGAGUUGCAUAUUUCUAUUGAAAAGGAAGACCUAUCUGGGAGAAAUACUAAUGAAGGGAUAUCAAAUCAUAGAGGACAGGGUGAAGAAGGCAAACCCAACAACAAUGCAAAGAGCCAUCCAACUAGCCUAGCAUUCUAUCAGAAAUCAAGUGAUGAUAUGACCUCUCCUGGAAGUGAAACCUCUCCUCUCCUAAAUUCCUUACCGAAGUCUCCUCCCAAAUCUCCCCAGAGACCCCACCCCAUGUCACCACUAAAAUUCCCCCGUCAGUCUCCAUCUUCCCCCUCCCGUAGCCUGUACAGAGGCUUGCCCCCUCCUCAAGACUUUGGUGGAGGAAACCCCUUCAUGAUGUUUGUCUGUGCUGCAUUGCUUCUUGGUCACAGUCGCAGGAUCAUGGCCAAUAAAAUGGACUAUAAUGAAAUGGCCAUGCUGUUUGAUAGGAUGGUACGCAAGCAUCACCUGAGCAAGGUAUUGCAUCAUGCUAGAGCCUUGUACUUGGAGUAUCUACAAUCUGAGGCGGCUAGGCCACAGGUUCAGGUUGUAGGGACCAAAGCAGCUGGGAAGGAUGGACCAAGUGGUAUGUCAGGUCUUAAUGGCUCUGCCGCUGCAACAAUCCAAGGCUCUUGUUAAUGUAAUCAAUAAAGCCGCAUCCAAACUGCCUAGAAAUUGUUUAUUGUUAAUGUAAGUUUAUUCCCUUUUGUUUUUAUUAUUAAAGGUCACAUUUAUGAAUAUGCAUGUAUGAAGAAGCAUGUCAUGCAGGCAUUUUAAUUGAAAUUUGUGCAGUAACAACUGUAGUAAACAUAAACAGUAAAGUAAUGAGGUUGACUUCCAUUCAAGUAUAUGUAUGUACUGUAUGUGUCAUGACUAUGUGCAUUUGUACCUGCAAUUAUUGGACGUGUGAUUUAAAAAUGUAAUUAUUGGACCAGCUUAUUCAAUACAUAAUGUGGGACAUUGCUAAUAUCUGUUGUAUUUUUCGUGAAUGUUAAAAGCCAUUGUCAUUUAUACUGUGUUGUUAUCUCAAAAUAUAUUCUGUUAUGAAAUAUUCUUUUCAUGCUGUCAAGAUCUACUUUGCUAAUUAAUUUACUUCUGCAUAGUGCACAAACACAAAUGAAAUUGCAUUUCUAUAGUGCAUAAUGCACAAAGUCUCUAUGCACUUCACAUAUACAUGAAUUAAAAAUCUCAACUAAUGAUAUGCAAUAUGGUAAUUGAAGAGAAUAAAUUACAAUAGGAUUAAAUAAUUCAAUAAUUAUACAGCAUGGCAUAAAACCAUGCAAUUUAUGGUAAAGCAUAUCUUAUGAUACAAUAACUUAACUCUCGACAUAUACCAAAUUCUGACUUUUAUUAGUACAGUGUAAAUAAAAUCUAUAAAGCAAAUAUAUAAUCAAUUCUUAAACAGGUAUGUUUUUAGUGCAGUCUUAAAGGUCUGGAUAGUGGAUGCAGUCCGGAUGACAAGUGGGAGAGAGUUACAGAGGGUUGCAGCAUUGAGGUGAAGGUGCUAUUGCUGUAGUACUGUGUCUUAAAACAAGGAACCUGAAGAAGAUGCUUAUUCUGUGACCUCAGAGCACGGGAAGGAGUGUAGGUGUUGAUGAGUUCAGAAAGAUAUGACGAACCAGACAGAGACUUAUAGGUGAAGAGGAGGAUCUUCAUGCAAAUUCACUUGUCAAUUGGAAGCCAGUGGAAGUUACGAAGGAGGGAUGAGUUGGAAGUCAGUCCAUUAGCUCACACUGUGAUUCUUGCUGCUAUGUAUGUUGUUGCCUUUGACUUGCUUUUAAUUUUUAUUUUUAGGAUUUUCAUUUGCCUUCAGAUCCCAAGUAUUCACUUUCCUUUCUUGUUUAAUAGAGAUAUCAGUUUCUUUUCUCAUUCUAUUUUGAUGAUGACUGAUGAGUAAUGAUGGUAGGAUAUUUUUUUACCAUGUCACAACUUUUACUUUAUAUGGUUCGUGCUAAGAAAUGAAGAUAUUUCUGCCGUGGCGUCUGUCAUCUGUCCACAGUUUCAAAAUGCUUCUUCUUUGUCAUUUUAAAUCUGAUUUCAUUUUUGUUUACUUUUAUGAUAGCACUAGGUGGAGGAUUCAAAACUUAUACACAGAAUUUAUUUUUUUUUUACAUUAGAGAGCUACAUGAGGUUCACCAAGUUUCUUCACAGAAUUUAGACAUUUUGACUAGAAAAUUAUGCUAAUUUAUACAAAAUUUAUUCAUAAAUCACAAAAAUGCUUCUCUGUCAUUUCUUCAUCAAUUUCAAUUCUGUUUCCUCAAUUUAUGUCACCAAUAUAAUUCACUACAGUGUCAACUGGGCUGAAAUUGAAAUUUGUGUUAACUUUGAUGCUGGAUGAGCUCCACAUUAUGAUGUAAUAGUUUAGAAAGGCAAUUCCCAUUUCAAGGUAAAGAUGCCUAGAUUUGAGAGGCAAAACAAGUGAUUAUUGCUUUGUAUAACUUUUUGUGUAGUUUUUCAAAACCUAUAAUAAUACUUGUUAGUUUCAAAAGAGCACCAGCAGUUCAAAACGAGUGCUAUUUGAAAUGAACCAAAAGUAAGAAUGUAUUAAUUUUCCCCAGACCAUGAUACAUAUUCUUCCUGUCAAAAAACAUUGAUAUGCCAUUAUAUUGUAUGUAUAAGAAAUGUUUGUGUACAUCUUACAUCUUGAUACUGCCAAUGACUUUAUGAAAGUUCUAUUACCUAGCUUGAUAUAAUUUUCCAAUAUCCCUAUGUCUAUGUAUACAUACACAUGUGCACCAUAAAAAGUGGGAUGAAGGUAUAAGAAGAUAUUUUUUCUUUAUUGUGUUUUUAAGCUGAAUCUCACUUCUACAGUUUCCUUCAAGACUGAUUUUCAUAGGGCUCACAAAUAUUUUGCUAAGGAUGCAAUUUGUGAAGUCCAACAUUUUAAGGUCAUAAGACAAAAAGGUGCUUAAGUUUCGGAAGCUUUGUGAAUUGUUUGUGGGAGUCGCUUUUCGUUCACAAGUAGUAUUAACAAUUUUCCCGCUUAACGUUUGCGAGCCCUGUUAAAAGAAGGCUUGUGAAAGGAAAAUGUGUUAUUUGGGAUGCCUUGAAAACAAAAAGAAAUUUCAUACUUUGAAAUUAAUAGCUGCACUUAACAAUGAAAUCCCUCUUGCAAGCAAUACAAUCUGCACAAUACAAAAGACAUCACAAUUUCACAAUGACUGUGCUAGAAGUAAUCAUUAGUAAUCUCUCUCUUUGAAAUGUAUCUAGAUGCAUAUCUUUAUAAUUUAGUUUUUUUCAUUAGAUUCUUCUGAAUAUUGUUCUAGCAUCCUUAUUAAGUUAGAAACAGAUAUAAUACUACCCGGAUUUAACUCCAGUACUCUGGACAGUUAAAGUUACAGUACUUGUUUUUUUCUUCUUCUUUUUAUACUGUAUAAGUACUAUUAAGAAUUAUUUAUUUUGUUAAGAAGCAAAUACAUGUAGUAUUAUAUUGCAAUGCUGUAUAUAUUGUAAUAUUCUCUUGAUCAAUUGCUACAUAAGUUAAUCCUCAAUUUGUUUUAUUAAUUUUACAAAUUAAUUAUCGUUAACUUAAAUGCAAAUAGCUUUUCGCGUAGUCACAUGAACUGUGGCACCUCAGAGGUGCCACAGUUCAUGUAUGACAUUUGCCUAGAUAUCUGAACAAUUUUUGUUCUGAAAUAUCUACUGCCAUAUCAUACAGUGUAUAAAGCUGGAAAAAUGUGUAGCAAGCUAGCAUUCAUCACAAAACUGUCUUAUUUCAUAUACCAUUACAGAUAUCUAUGAAAAGAAAAUUUUUAAAGAAGUUGGGAUUUGUGUUUUUAAAACAAUCUUAGUUUAAUAUAUAAACUUAAAUUAUAUUCUUGUGUUUUUGUGUGUAUAUUUGGGAUUAUUUCAUUUGAUAUAUGGGCGUGUAUAGAUUAAUUACAUUGCUAGCAUAUUAGAGAACUCCUAUUUGAAUUAUAGUCUUUAAUAGCAAAUGUGGUAAACAAUCUUUUUUUGCAAAAUGUAGUUUAUUUAAAUGUGUUUUAUUACUUUGUUUUUGUAGAAUAUAUCUGAAUUUAAUUAUAAGCAUAGAAAAUGCAAUUAAAAAAUGCAACACGAAAAAGCAUUAUUGGUAUUGCCAGUGCAAUUGCAUUAUUGUCUAUUGAACUUGGUAAGACAUAUCUUACUAAAGAUUUAUCAUGAUAUGUUGCUCCAUAGAGUCUAUGUGCAGAUUAUAAAUGUGAGAAUGUCAGUGCUGAUUACUAUGAAAAAUUAUUUUACAGUACUGUUAUCUAUUCUGAUUAAAACACAAUCGGAUGUCCCUUUAUUGAUCUACAUUCCAUUGCUUUGAUAAUCUGUCCCUGUUGAGCUGACACACCUAAUGCAAUCACAGAUGUUCAUUCUUAUGCAUAUUAUCAUAGUGUGUUUAAUUCCAAAAUAGUCAAUAGAUGCAUUUACACACAGUAAUAUAAAAAGUGAAUUUCAAUUGAAAAUUUUGGUUGAUGGGAUGGAUAGUUCAAAGAGAAUGAUUUUCAAUUAGAAUUCAAACUUACUGAGUGGGGUUCAUUCUAGUUUGAUCCCUUCCCCAACAACAAGAAACCCCCAGUUUUUAUUUGAUGCUAUUUGAAUCAUUAUUAGAAUAGUAAUAAUUUUGUACUUGGUUGACACUCACACAUAAAAUUAUUUGGAAUUAUCAUUUUGAUUUUAUGAAACGCAGAUGUAAUACACAUGUGUUGAAUUAAGCCAAAGGGUUAACUAAAACCUAAGUCAGCUUAUGUUUUACAAUAUCAACAUUAUUUUUAUUUAGUUUUUCCCCAUAUAAUUUGAAUCAUGAUUGAAUGUUAGCUUAAUGGCCCAAAUAAUUUUUGAAAACAAGCUUUGUUUAAAAAAUCAUUGCCAUUUAUUGCUUCUACUUGCCAGUAAUAUCGUCAACCAUAUUUAGAGUUGUAAUGGCAUUAAGGUAGUCACCUUGACCACAUCCAUAUUUAGCUAUAUGUUAUAUUUGAUUUUUGAAAUGUAAAUGAGCAUAUAAUAACCAUGGUGAUUUAUUGAAAUUUACUUUCUAGAUAUUAAUGAGUAUAUUUAAUAUAUGUUCACAUUUAAAAGUAUGUGUAUAUUUUUUUCUUCCGUGUCUUGUACAAGUUAUUUUCCUCUUUAUUUUGGAGGGUAGGGCAUUGGGGAUGAUGGAUUGCGUAUCUUUUCUAGCAAUUUGUUUUCUUGAGCCCCUUUUAAGACAGCACGGUUGUUCAGUGUAUGUUGAUGUUAAAUGUGUACAAUACAUGUUGAGUCAUAAAUAAAAGCGAUAAGUAUCUUAGCCAGGGUAAUAUAGGAAUGCCUUGAGUACCUUAUAAGGUGGAUAUGUACACUAUACAAAUACCACACCCUUUUUCUUUUCAUUUUAUUAAGUGUGAAUAAAAGGAUGUGAUCAAAAUCAUUGAUUUGAAAUUUUAAUUCUCAAGUGUGUACAAUCAGUGCAUGAAAUGGGAAAUUUUGUGCCUAAAAAUUAAUCAUUUGAGAUGGUGUAUUGAGAAUUCUUCAAUAAUCUUUUGAUAUGUAUUUUGAUUUUCCUUGUUUGCUUUCCUUUAUGUUAAUGUACAUUCUAUACAUAAUUAAAUGAAAUGUACUUAAUAUUUUGAUUAUGCAAAACAUGCAGCAUGAUAUUUUGAAUAGAUAUAUAUUCACUUAUUUGUAUUCGCAUGUUUGGGUAAUCAUGCUUGACAAAAGUUGAAUGAUAGCAAAUUGUCAUUUGUGAACAUUAUCAUGCAAGAUGGUUUUGGCUUUGUAAAUAUGAUUUCUGAUAAAUAAACCAAACCAAACCCAAAAUAUUUUGGUUAUUUCACAAAAGAGUCAUUAAAGGAGAAAGAAACUUUUGGAAAAAGAUAGCUUGUGUGAAAACAGAAAAAUCAAAGAAACAGAUCAACAAAAGUUUGAGAAAAAUCAGACAAAUAAUG